AUGUCUGCCGAACAGCCGGAUCUUUUAUUUUUCGAUACGUUUUCUCACGAUACGAGUGAGGAAUUAAAUUUGGACUUAGUCCAGUUUCCAAAGUCAGUAUAUGUACGAGAAAUACGUAUUAUACCUCUUGGUGCUCGAGUCGAAGGGGACUUUCCUGGUGGGGUUAGGCUUGGAGCAACUAACCCAACGAAAUUUCACAUUGAUUUCUUCGUGAAUGACCUGAGUAAGCCUGGUGCCUCAACAUUCGAAGCUCUUGGAAGUCUUGAUUAUUGUCAGAAUGGACAGAUACAUAUGGAAUGUGGAAGUGAAGUGGAGCAAUCAAGAAUUCCGACUGAUGGACUCGUACUUCGAGGUUGGUACACCACAAUCACAUUAGCCGUCUAUGGUAAUUUGACACAAGUUCUACCCGAUGCUCCUGUAAGCGUGAACCCUCCACCAAAUGUUCAAAGACCUGUGUCUCGGGAAGUUAGUGCUUUACCAGCAAACGUUCCACAAUCAUCAGACUGGAAUCCAGAACCAACCAAUCCGAUUCCAGCAUAUACUACCAAUGUUGCUCCAAGCAAUCCUGAGACAUAUGGAGCUGCUACUUACCCAGAGAACUACGACAAUCAAAUGUAUAGGAAUGAGUAUUAUGAGAACGAAGGGCCGAAAGAUCCAAGGACGUACCACCACAUGGAGGACAAUGAGUGGGAGAAAGAGAGAAGAGAUAUCAGUUGCGAAAGAGAGGGAGACAGGAUGCGUCAUAGUCCACGUUCUAUGGAGUUGGAUAGAGAUAGGCGUGACGCCAGGAGUCGUAGACGUUCAAUCGACAGAGGCAGGAGCCGUGAAUCGUCUCGUCAUCGCGAUAGGAGUAGGGAGUUGGAUAGAAUCCAUUCAAGGUCGCGUAGUCGGGAUAGGGAUUAUGUCGUCAAAGGCGAAUAUCGGCCUUUAAGCCGUUCAAGGUCUCGUAGUAUUGACCGUGACCGUGACUGGGAUAGGGGUUCGUAUAAAAAGGAUGAUUACCGCAGACAUCGUGAUGCUUCAUACGACAGAUCACGCGGUGCCUCCUACGAACCACGCUCGCCUUACGACAAGAGACCACCGUCGUACGAACGCAAGAUACCGUAUGAUAAAUGUGCACCUUAUGAAAAAAGAUUGUCGCCAUACGACAAAAGAAGCUCUUCAUAUGAACGUCGCGCACCUUCCUACGAUAAGCAAACUCCGUACGAUAGAAAAAGGCAUUCGCCUUACAGUCGCAUGCGAGGCUCGAGCUAUGGCAGUAGAUCUCCAAGCCGUGAUGAUCCUAGGAAAAGACCGAGAACUCCGCCUGGUGAAAGUAGGCGACCCAUGUCUCCGAGAGAAGGUGAAACGACCAGCCCCAUUAAUUCCGUGCGAUCAGAAGAAGGGGCUGACUAUGAUAGAAGCGGUAAACAAAUACCACGCAUCGAUUUCUAUCAUCAAAGCUACAGACACAAGAGUUCAAUUAGAAGCCCUUCUCAAGAAGUUGAUACUGCAUAUGUUGAACCACAACAUUCUAGUUUAGUUACUGUUCCAAUUGUUGAUACAGCGGCCGCAAAGAACAUAGAAUCGCCAAACAGGAACUUAGAUGAAGAUAGAUCGAUGGACGCAGAGCCAUUUGAGCCUAUCUUAUCAGAUGAAGACAUUUGUGACGAUAUGGAUACUAAUUCUUAUAUAGAAGUGGAUUAUGAUAUGACCGAGUAUUGCAGCGUCGAUGAUAUUAUCAAAUAUUUCAAUCCUUUCAAAGCAGAAUGGAAAAAGUAUGAGCACGUCAAUAAAAUAACCGAACUUGCAGAUGUUAAAAGAGAAGAUGUAAAAGAUGUUAUGAGCGCAAGUUUCGAUGAACUGUGUCAAGCCAAUGUUGAUCUGUCUAAAAUAUCAGAGAUUACAACAGCAGCGAAAAGACGAGAACAGAAAUUUUUCUCAAACACCUUUCUUGAAAUUGAUAAUUCGUCGAGGGAGGACUGGGUUCACCAAUGCGAACAAUUAUUCGUCUCCCUAAACAACCUUUGUAAAAACACCGAUAUUAUACUCAGAAUAUUCCGCAUGUAUAACAGAUCGGAGACAUCUGAUGAAUUUGCAGAUAUUUAUAAUCUUCUGGUAACGUUCUGUAGGAUCGGAUUGAACUUCGAUUUUGCUCUGGCACAACAACAGCCUACGUAUAAGAUACGCCACAUGAAAUGCGGUAUCCGUCUAGCUGAAACGCUAAUGUCUCAUCACCAUAAUGGCCAGGUGAUGAAAAUGCUAUUGAAUAAUGGUAUAAAUAUUCCAAUGCAGCUUUUACAAAUGUAUUCUAAGGAAUACAUGGCUUUAAGUAUUCGUCUGAUGAUACUGAAAUCUUUAAACGCAUGUUUGUCAUCGAAAGAAGCUAUAGAUCAUUUCAUGCAAAAUUCCAUAUAUCCGAAAUUUGAUAAAAGUACAAACGACAACACCAAAAAACCAAUGAAUGGUUAUCAGGCCUUGAUAGCGAUGAUGCAGGCUAAUCCACUAGGAAGAAUCAAGUUUGCACUGAGUGCACUUUUGAAAAAACUUAACAUAUAUGAAGCGUUGAGUAAACUACAUGAUUUAGUAUUGAAGUUCAACAAUUCUGCUGCAGAGAACAAUCAGGCAGAAGAUGUUGAGCUGUCGGAAAGCGAAAUAAACUUUAUUGUAGAUUCUUUCGAAGAAAUACUUUAUAUGUAUCGCUCGCAGUGCUUUCACCUCUCUCAGCCCAAACGAUUUCUACCCGUUUCUGCACAAUUCGAAAUAAGCAAGGAAUGCUCUAACGAAGUGCUUCUACAAUUCUUUGAAAUUCAUCACACUCUUGAAGUCUGUCUAUAUUUGUUAACUUGUCCAACAACAUCUAACAAUUUGGUCAUUACAAGCCCAAUAUACGAUCUUGUUUUCGAGCUAGUUAACUCACACAAUGGUCUUAAAUUCUUGUACAAGAAUAUGGAAAUGAGUGAAUUGCUCUUCAAGAUACUAGAACAUCCGUAUGGACAGCAAAGCGCCGAAGAGACACCAUAUCCUCAUGAUAGUACAUUGAGUAAUUAUAGCGACUUACAAAUUGUUGGUCUGGAGCUUGCGUAUAGGUUAAAAGCUAUGUAUUACUUGCAGUCGAUAAGUGACUUGCAAGCUGGAAAGAUGGAUGAAAAUGAGCUCAUCGACAGACUGCAAUCUUUGUACUGCCUCAGUUUUGGUAGUAUCGGAAAAACAGCUGUGCCAAAUAUCAUCGUCAUGGGCGAGAACUCUGAAUGUCUAAUGGAGGUAUUUGAGAAUGAUUUGAAAAGCAAGAGUAAGAGUGAUUCGCCUUCAAAACAAAAGUCACCUGCUAAGGGCUAUGCUAUAGAAUUGAUAGUUUCAGCUGUUAGAUAUGCAGCUAAUGUUCCAUUUUUAAAGAAAUAUGGGCAAAGAUUGAUUAAUGUUUCAAAGGAGCAUGAUAGAUUUGAACCAAGUGUAUCAAGUGUUCUACAAGAAAUGAUCCCAUAUUUGAAACCCGUAGAGAAACCUAACGUACUGUCGGGAGAGGAUUUGGUAGAAUGUGUCGAAAUAUUAAAAACGAGUCUAGAACAUUCAGCGGAUUUACCCGGCGAAUUGAUGACUUGUCUAAGAAUUUUACGUCAUUUUAGUAUUUCCGAUUAUGAGCAAAACGUAUCAGUAGUUUGUGAAUCUCCUGUCGAAGAAUACGUCGAGCUUAAAUAUAAAUACAACGUCUUACAACUAUUUUCUUUAGAUGGUGUUGCUCAUAUAUCAGGAAUACUUGACCGCUUAGUAACGCAUUUCGAUCAGCCGAGUAUGCACACUUCAUUCUUUACAUCAGUUCGAGGACUACAGUUAGCUCAAAUGCUGCUACCUUGCUUGAGGCUACUGGAUGAAAUGCUAGCGAGGGUUGUUCGCUGUCGGGGACCUAGAUUUAGAGACCUCACCGCUGCGCCGAUAAUACUGAAAACUUACGGGAUAGCCAAAGCAUUUCCCGUUGGAUGUAUUGGAUAUAGAACUGCGGCAAAAGCAGCUGAGGCUGCUGUGAGGGCGUUACUUGCUUAUGCUCAACCGAUAGCUGAUGAUGCCAAGGAUGGUGACUCAAUACGCAGAGGUCCCUGGACAUCUCUCUGUUCAGAAGUUAUAUCCUAUAUAAUGACUGCUCCCUACACUUUCGUUCCUGGUUUGUUGAUAUUCUCCGAACUCCUACCUUUACCGCUACCAAUGCAAACCAAAACUGCGCCAUCAGAUCGUGAAUUAGCAGAUGCAGCAAACGAAAGACGCAUGUGGUCUGCCCAUUUGCAUGCAUUAUCAAACGAUUUAACUGACAUGAUACAAAUAAUAUGUAUGUCGACGUACAGGCCUGUCGUACAUAUGCUUAGGCGAGUUUGCGUUCAAAUAGCAGAUCUUGCACCGAAUACUGCAGCCACGGUUGCUAGAGCGACCGUUGGAGCUGUUAUGAGGGAAAUGAAAGAGGGAGAACCAGCUAACGCUAGUAUGGCUAGAGUACUCGGAUUUCUAGCUUGUUUAGUUUCUCACGCUCCCGUAAAAUGUGCUGUUUUGUAUUCUAUGACGACUGGGUCUCCGAAAUCUCAUGAUAUUCAAACGGCUCUGUGUAAUAUAUUGACCGUGUCAAGUUUGUCAAACGAACAUUCCGCAGCUCAGGAAUAUACUGCACAUGCUCUGGCAGCAUUUUGCGAUGUUGAAGUGACAUUGACACCAGUCACCGGUGCCACUGAUGUCAUAUUGGCUAAUUCUUUGCCCAGUAGAGAAGCAUUGGCCAGUUUUCUAGACGCUACAGCGGAGUGUCUCCAAUCCGCUACUAAAACUUGUGCUGUUGCGUCAUCAGUGCUACGAGCUUACUUCGUGUUGACGGAACACGAAUUUGGAUUCCAACAAUUUAGAAAAUUUGUAACCAAAAGAAAAGAAGCUUUGGGAAAAUAUUUUAAGUGGGCGUUGGAUGGUUCGGGUGAAGAUAAAGCAGAGUGCCUAAAUCUGUAUAUCGAUUUAAUAAGAAUAUUGAAAGUAGAAGAGGGAGAGGGUGCCCUUGGAAGAAAGAGUACCCUAACGUUGUCCGAGAUGGCUGACAUGGUGGGCUACUCCUGUUCUGACGAAGAUCAUCCUAUUCUAAGCCUGGAGAAAAUACUAAAGGAACGGAAUUCCGAUGAAGACGUCCUCGCAAACGCCAAUUUCCUGAUCACUCAUAUACAGAAGCUGAAGACAGUGGAGGAGGCACCGACCGAAGCCCCGGAGGCUUCGCUACCGGCUUCCGAACCCCUGGUGGCCCAGUUCGCGGCACGCCAGAUUUAUUGUAUCGGAGAUGCCAAUGACGAACGUUUGACUACAAGCUACUGGUUGAACGUCCCCGCUGCCAGUGGGGAGGACGACGUAAAUGAUAAUGAAUUGGUGUCGUGUGACAUUUUGGAGAUCGCGCGCUCGCAGCUGUCCGGCGGCGCGGAGGCGCUCGCGGCCGCCGUGCGGCGCCUCGCCGGCUGCCGGGACGUGCGCCCCGAGGCGCUGCCGCCCGACGACAAGCGCCCCGCCGUGGCGCUGAGCCGCCUACGCGCGGAGGGUGGCGCAGACGCGUUCCGCUCGCGGCCGCCCAACACGUCCCGCCCGCCCUCGCUGCACGUCGACGACUUCACCGCCCUGCACCAGCCCUACUCGCUGCCCAUAGCCCGCGGCGUGCGGCGCGGCGCGGGCUCCGAGCGCGGUCGCUUCGGAGCUGCGCACGCGCACUACCGCCAGCUCAGGGGUCGCGGGGCGUGGGAGGUGGGCGGGCACUUCGGACACUUCGCGGCCUCGCAGUACAUGAUGGGUGGCAUGGGGUGGGGAGGGUCCCGUAUGCAACGUGGACCGCGGCAUCGUUCCUUCAUGAGAUGAAACUAAUAUCUGCAUUCAAAUUUAAAAAUAAGGAAAAUAAAAUAUUUCACAAAA